CCAGAGCUGGGCCGCGGCGGGCCGGGCAGGAUGCCUCGCAGCAAGGCCCGGGCGGGGCGCGCGGCGGAGGCGGCAGCAGGCGGCAGCCCCACGGAGGGCGAAAAGGAGCAAGGCGCCCUGCCCGCCCAGGGCUCCCCACCGGGGGAGAGGCCCUUCCCGUUCCCUGCCUGGGAGGAGAGCUCGGGGGAUGAGAACGUCUUGGUCAUCCACAGCCAGGUGGAGGAGGAGGAGCACAAGUGCCUGGUGUGUGGGGAGAGCUUCCGCCAGUCGCUGAGCCUCCUGAGGCACCAGAAGCAGCAGCAUGCUGGAGAACGGGCCUUCCUCUGCCCGGAAUGCGGCCGGGGCUUCAGCCUCAAGCAUAACUUGAUUAUCCACCAAAGGAUCCACACCGGGGAGAAGCCCUUCAGCUGUGGCGAGUGCGGGAAGCGCUUCAGCCUCAAGCAAAACCUGCUCACACACCAGCGAGUGCACAGUGGGGAGAAGCUCUUUCCCUGCACGGCGUGUGGGAAGAGCUUCCGGGAGCAGCGGCUUCUCCUCGCCCACCAGAAUGGGGACUGUGGGGUGGCCAUCAAGGAGAGACAGGAGGCCUCUGACCCUCAGCAUGUGCACAGCCAAGAGAGGCCCUGCUCCGAAAGUGGCUGCACGGAGGAGAGCCUCAUGCAAAGCCCACUCCGAGUGAAGCACCAGGAGAAACCCCACCGGAACGGAGCCACCUUUGCAUGCCGGGAGUGCGGGGAAGACUUUGGUGGCAAGAGCAGCCUUCUCAGCCACCAGAAAGUCCACCAAGGCAGCCGGCCACUUCAGCGUGAGGAGGGCAGGAGGCGUCUCAGCCAGAAAGAGGACCCCAAGCCCCCACCCCAGCGAGGCCAGGCAGGUGAUGCCCCUUUCCGGUGCCUGACGUGUGGGAAGAAUUUUGCCCAGAAAGGCAAUCUUGCUGCACACCAGAGAAGCCACCUGGGCAAGGAGAUGCUCAGCUGAGAACCAGAGAAGCCACCUGGGCAAGGAGAUGCUCAGCAGAGAUGGCCUUGCAGGACUGGGGGGAUUGUUGCCGGAAAAAGACGAUGUACUGAGCAUUUUGCAAGCCAAGUUCCAGUGGCAGCCGCCUGGGAGUGGGGGGUGCUGGUGGUUUCUGUGGAAUAGGGGAAUCCUGGGUGUAUACUUGAAAAAUGGGAGAUCCCAGAUGGAUGGGGCUGCCCCGGUGGGAGGGGAAUCCUGACCGUGUGCUCUGGGAUGCCCUGAGGAGGUCAGGAUUCCGUCUGAGGGUUGCUUGGGGACCCUGUGAGAAGCAGCCCUUUCCAUUCCAAAGCCACUCUCAUUUCCCAGCCCUCCCUCUCUCAUCUCAGGCGGGGCUGGCAGAACUGGCCAUCUUCAUACAGGGUUGUUUCUCACUGUUUUCCUUUCAACCAGCCAAGUUGUGUUCCUCUCCAUGUUCAUACUUGUAUAGACCUUGGUCCAGAUCCUGCACACUGUUUGGCAUUGUCAUUUCCCCUUGUUCUGUUUUCGUUCUUCAGUGGCCACUGCAGGUGCAUGAACUGUGCCAAGUGACAAAAUCCACCCCACCCCACCCACCCCGCCCCCAGAUAUGCACUGGAUGUUUCAGGAACAGGGCAUCUCUCUCCUCUCGGUCCUCCAGAGCAACCGUGUCGUCUCAUUUCUACUCCCCACAUGGGUGCCAAAGAUGGACAAUAUUAACUGACACGGAUGCCUGAGGGAUUAGGACGAGUCUCUUGCUCAGGAGCGCAAAGGAGAUAUGUCAGGCCUGGCAGGAGGGCUGUCGGGAGCUCUUCCCUCCCUGCGUCCUGUGCAUGUCAGCCUGAUGGGGGUUCUGCACCAAAGUCCCUCUGGAAACCUCAGAGGCUGUGCGGUUGGAAGCUGCGUCCUGCAAACUCCCCUGGCGAAAAGGAGAGCAACAAAGCCUCUCUCAGCAGAAGCCGAGAAUGCACAGAGGAGCGCGCGUCUUGGGGAGGGCUCUGCCUGUGGAGGAGAGGGAAGCCCCCAGGGGUCCAGCCGCUGGCCCAGUCCCAAGAGCUGUUUGGAGAGAGGCAAAGACCCGGUGGCUGUUGGGGGUGUGGGUGGGCCUUUGGGGGUGGGCAGCGUUUGUGUCUAGGCGCUGCUGUGAUGCCAAAGCCGUUUAUGUGCUCUGAAUCUCAGAAAAUGUUCUGAGCACCGAGAAUCUCUCAUAAUGUUGCCAGACAUGAUGUUUUCCGCAUGGGAAAAACUCCUGAGACUGCCGGGUGGAGCUUCUCUCAAACCGCAUCAGAGAAUCCUUGUUGCAUGAGCGGGGGAGGGGCUGGGCUGAGGAACCCCAAUUCUGUUCCCUUUCGGGAGGGCCUCCCCCUCCUGUCCACUGGGAACAACAGCCUUCAAAGGCUGUAGCCCUUUUGCUGGAGCUGCCCUGCCCUGCCCUGCCCUUUCUCGCCUUGGCCUUGGCUGGUUCCCUGUGGGGCAGAACCUGAGUUCAGCUUCUCUCCUCUAAGGGGUCGACUGAUUUAGGCUUGCCAGUUAACCUGUUAAGCACGUUUAAAGCAUUUUUAAGCGCUCCGGCUUAAACAACGCACAAUUGAUGGAGGUUUUUCUUAAACUUCACGUUGCAACAUGGUUCUGCAGAAAAAGACCUUGCUCUUUUCCCUGCAUCUUGUUCUAUAGGGGUUUAUUAAUCCAACUUGUCAAAGUUUGGGCAAGUUCAUUUUUGAGCAGAAGGGGGCGGGGCUUCCCUCUGCUGGUCCAAAGAGGAAUUUGGCCAAGGGGUUUCCUUGGGUGCCUGGUGCAAAAGGCAGGCCACCUUGCUUUGUGGCCCUUGGCCAGACUUUCCUGGGUGACAGAGGAGACUCUGCUGGGGUGGGGAGAGGGCAGAAGAGGAACCUGUUCGGCGGGGGGCUGGUGUGUAUUUCCACUGGUUUGCAUGUGGUCAUGGGAACGUGGCAAACCUCCCUCUGGGAAAUCCUCUGCAAUCCAGCUAGCAUGUCUUGGGGGCUGAAUGCUUCCCCCCUAGCAGCUGGACACAAGCAUCCCCUUUGCUGCCUGCCUGGGACAGCAGAGGGGGAGUCGAGCCCUCAGUCAUCUGGCACGCUUGGCCAAUAGGCUGUGUUCAGCUUGGAGGGCCUCCGCCUCUGAGUGCCCGCGUUGAAGGCACGGAAGCUUCCUCUCCUGGCAGGGGACAUCCCCCAGCAGCAGAGGGGCCACAGGUGCACUCCCCCCCCCCGGGCCAAUUCUCUUUGGGAGCGCUUUGCUGCGCAGAGAAGGCUCACUGCUGCUGCAGCGCCAUGCCUGACUCCUCUGCAGCAGGUCCCAGCCCACAGGGGGCUUCCCUCUCAGGCAGUUUCCCGGACAUGCCAUUGGAAGUGAAGGUCAGAUGUUGACCACAUCUGAAGAGAACACCCCUGGAAGACCAGCGGCCACAGCUCUUGGCCCAGGGAGGCUGUUUCUCCUUGCUGUUGACGAGGUCUUGUGUGAGGUCCCUCACACAAUGAGAUCCUAGAAAAAGAAAGCUGCAAGAAGCACCUUACACAUGUUUCUUAAGGCCACGCUGCGGCCCUCUGUGGUGAUCCUUCAGCCUGAAAACUGGUGGCAUGCAGCAGCCCCCAAAGGCAUGCCCUGGGGCAGGGGUGGGCCCUUCAGGGCAACGGCGCCCUCCUCUGCUGACAUGGCCCCCAAGUGCCCAGCCAGCCAUGCCCCAGCCCCACCUCGCAGUCCCUUUUGAACAUCCCAGGAGAUGCCCUCGGGGGCUCCCCGGGGACGGCGGGCCUUCUCCCUCAGCUCUCAGCUGCCGUCAGGACCCCCUAAUCAAAGUGCGUCUUUCUGGUGGACAGAAAGCAAGAAUCUGGCAGAGGAGGGCGAGCGCUGAGUUCCAGCAGCGAAAGCGAGUCAGAGCCAGGCAGGGGCUUGGCCGGGUGAGAGAAUCCGAUGGGACCAGUGACGUCUGGCUGAUGCGCCUUAUGCUCUCGCCUCCCCCACCCCCAGCUCGAACCUCUUUCUCUGUUGAAUAAAAUUCCAUUUGC